AUGACCGCUGUCAUGUAUGCUGUCGUCAUCGCGGCGCUCCUUUCUGGCUGCGAGGAGCAGCCAGAGAAGCCGCCGGCGAAAGAGACCACGCCCGAGGUCACGAGCGAGCAGCCCGCGGCCAGAGCCAGAGGGCUAGAGAUCACGCUCGGCGACCACGCGACGCCCGCACUAGAAGCGCUCGUCGCCGAGUGUCACGUCCCCUCGCCCGAGGAGCUCGCCAUCAUCAGCGUCCUCUCUCGCGAGGGCGCGCCCGUCGAGGACGCGGCGCCCGCGCUCGGGGUAGCGCUCCCCGAGGAUGACUUCGCCAGGGGUAAGGCGAAGAAGGAGCUCGAGGAGAAGCUCGCGGCUCAUAAGAAAGAGCUCGGCGCGAAGGUCUUGUGCCUUCGCCUCGAGGUCGGCGUCGAGCGCUAUGACUUCGACCGCGAGCGCUUUGCCCUGAAAGAGGACAACGCGUUCGCGGUGGUCGCGGACCUGACGGAGAACGCCACGACGCAGCGAGAGCGCCUCUCGCUCGAGCGCGGCGUCGAGCUCGGUGAUUCGCCCUGGCCCGCCAUGCUCGUGGCGGUGCUCCCCGGCAAGCAUAUCUCCGCGUCGAAGAAGGACGCCGA